AUGGGGAAAGAUUUCAAAAGCAUGGUCACAAGAUGCAUCUACGUCGGAAAAGAGAACGAUAACGCCAAGAAGCUGAAAACGAUGACUGAGGAGCUCAGGGAUCUACACAACAACGUGAUGAAAAGAGUCAAAAUGUACGAGGAUCAACAGAAGCUGAAGCGGCUAGAGAAAGUCCAGGUCUGGCUUAGACAAUCCGACGCAGCCAUCAAAGAGGCAGAGGAGAUGCUGAUGAUGUACGUGUCUUCUUCUUCUUCUUCGAAUGGAUCAACCGUGAUGAUUAGUAGCAGUCACAAGGUAGACAAGAAGAUUUGCAAGAUGCUGAAAGAGGUUCAGGAGAUAAAGAGCAGAGGAACGUUUGAUGUUGUGGUUGAAAACAGUGGCGUUGUUGUUGGUGGUGGGUCGAUGAUGGUCUCGACCGUUGAUAGAGAUGAUCAGACGGUUGGGUUAGAAGCUGUUUCAGGGUUGGUGUGGAGGUGUUUGACGGUGGAUAACACUGGUAUUAUUGGGUUGUAUGGCGUGGAAGGUGUUGGGAAGACGACGGUGUUGACUCAGGUUAACAACAGGUUGCUUCAGCACAAGUCAAACGGGUUUGACUUUGUGAUUUGGGUGUUUGUGUCCAAGAAUCUGAAUCUUGAGAAGAUUCAAGACACGAUCCGAGAGAAGAUAGGGUUUCUUGACAGGUCGUGGACGAGCAAGACCGAGGAAGAGAGAGCCGGUAAGAUCUUCGAGAUACUUAGCAAGAAACGGUUUGCUUUGUUUCUUGACGACGUUUGGGAGAAAGUCGAUUUAGUGAAAGCUGGUGUGCCGUCUCCGGAUGGACAGAACAGGUCGAAGAUUGUGUUCACGACCUGUUCAGACGAGGUUUGUCGGGAAAUGGGAACACAGACUAAGAUCAAAAUGGAGAAGCUGCCGUGGGAGAGAGCUUGGGACUUGUUUAAGAAGAAUGCUGGGGAAGAGACGGUGAAGAGCCACCCGGACAUAACCAAGGUGGCUCAGGAGGUUGCAGCCAAGUGCGAGGGCCUCCCAUUGGCACUGGUCACAAUAGGCCGAGCAAUGGCAUCUAAGAAAACACCUCAGGAGUGGCGUGACGCUUUGUACAUCCUGAGUAACUCUCCUCCAAAUUUUUCAGUUCUCAAGUUACUGGACAGGAACUAGUUAAUGUGCACUCGAGGAACAAUCUUGCUGUGCAUGGAGAUCAAAAAGAUAGCUGCGUACAUUUUGAUUAGGGAGAUUAAUUAAUGACUGUAAUUUUAUCUGUGUAUCUUAUUUGAGAGUUUAUGUCUUCUUUAUGUAACCGGCUAGAGUUUGAAGAAUUUGGUUGAAGGCUUGGAAUGUUUUGAACUUUUGAUGGUUAAUUAUUGGUUUUGUACU